AUGGCUCGUACCAUUCUUCUCGCCACACUGCGGACAAAGGAGCUUGCUUCCUCAGCAAUGGGAUUCUACAUCGUGCAAGCCCUGGCACCGGGGAAGCCAGUCGCCCCUCGAGCAGGACAGACGGGACGGUGGACAAGCUCUCUCCUCGGACAACUUGUUGCGGUGUCUUGA